AUGAAAAUGGCACUUGGGAGGGGCCAGGUUAGGAGGGGUUAAUUGGGGGUGGUAGUUGGAAAGUGGUGGGUGAAUAGUGGCUAUCUGAAGACGGUGUAGCAACAGCAGCAGGUCACCCUUUGAGGAGGCAACAAAAAAGGGAGAUAAUGGGUCUCUCAGAUACCAUGGUGAUGAAAGCAGUAUAAAUAACCUGAAUAGAACAGAACAGAGGAAAGACAGAAGGACAUCAAUGGUGCCUGGCAUGGAGUGCCCCAGUAGGAAGGAGUGCCCAAAAGGAAAUGAGUAUGAGCAGUUGUGUUGAGAGGAACCCCUUUCCACAGAAUUUCAGUGGCAACUGCAGAAUCAAGUAACCUCUCUAGAAGACAUUAGGACUCAGGAGUGACUGUGAAAGGAGUCCAUGUCCAGUCCAUGUUGGCCGGAAGGAUGGUUGCUGAAACCUGAUCCAUAAUACUCCAACAUGGAAAGAAAGGUAUAGCCAUUUGGACUCUCCCCUCCAAAAAAAAACUGGACAACGCCUGAGACCUCGAGGGAGGCGCAAGGACAAGCCCCGGCUAGUCGACGAGAAGGGAGAUGCGGAGACAUGAUCUAUGCCCUCCCCUCCCCCAGCGGUAUGAUCUCAUUUGACAGGAAGUAUCUUGCUGCCCCCUCCCCCGCUCGGGCGCGCCUCUCCCACAUGGAUCCGGAGAGGGAGACAGAGAGGAGACGUGACACUGACUCAGCCCGCAUCGGGACUUACCCAAGGGCUGCGCCGGGAACACGCUGCCGGGGCUAGUGCACACGCAGAGCUGACACGCUCUCCAUGCCGCUGGGCAGCCGCUGAUCACGCGUGCCCCCGCUCGCCAUUGGCCGCCGCCUCACACACCUUUGCAGCGGAUUGGCUGCGGCCAGCUCCGGUCUCCCCCUACGCCGAGCUGGUGGAACCGCCAGCUGAAUGGGCAGCUGCGAACAAAAAGAGGAAAAUCAAGGCAGCGGCCAGAGAGCGCCUGGGGUGAAGGCUCUUGUCAACAGCUGCAGCAGCAGCAGAGCAACACCCAGCCACCGCGUCUCCCAGCAGGGCCAUGCUGAAUUUCGCAGCUUCCCUCUACCAGCCAGCUGAGGAAGGAAUAGAGAUGAUUACUGAAAAGCAAAACAAUAAUAGACGUUCCUGGAACAAUACCGCUGAAAAGAGUGAUUUUGAAGCUGUAGAAGCCCUUAUGUCUAUGAGCUGCAACUGGAAAUCAGACUUCAAAAAAUAUGCUGAACUGAGACCUAUAACACCAGCAUCUGAUAUGUCGGAAGAAACUGAUGAUAACCUGCUACCUGGUGCAGCUGACUUUCAUGCAAUACCAGCAUUUUGCUUGACUCCACCCUACAGCCCUUCUGAUUUUGAGAUGUCUCAAGUAAUUCAUCUGCCAGCAGCAGCGCCAUCUGCUGUACAAUGCAGGUUAUUCCCUGAUAUUUCAAAGCCUGUUCCUUCAGCAACUUUUAAAGAGACUGAAAAGUCUCCAGCAUCAAGACCAAUGAAAGCUCAAGCAACAAGUGUUAUUCGCCACACAGCUGAUGCUCAGCUUUGUAAUCACAGAACAUGUCCAGUGAGAGCAGCUAGUGUAUUGAAGUAUCAGGACAAUACUUCAGCGGAAACAAAUAUACAGAAUAAUGGAACUGCAAAACAAAAUCCACCUUGUGCAAUUGUGUCAUCAAACAGAGCACCUUACAAAAGUGACAAACUGCCAGUUUUAGAAGAAAAAACAAGUGCAGCACUAGCUGUCAGUCCACUGUCCCUGAUCCAGACUUCAACCAGUAGACCUCAGCCUGUUCCUGGAUCAGUACAGCAGUCAUCGACGAUAGUAUCUUCACCUGCUGUGAAAGCGAGUCGUGUCUCACCUGUGCCAGUAAUUUGCCAGAUGGUUCCUCUAUCUACUAACAACUCUGUUGUAACAGCAAUAGUGCCCAACACUCCUUCUAGCCAACAAUCAACCCUUUGCCAGCCUAUGGUGUUCAUGGGAACUCAAGUUCCUAAAGGUGCCGUUAUGUUUGUUGUGCCCCAGCCGGUUGUGCAGAACACAAAGGCUCCAAUCAUUAGUCCAAAUGGCACUAGACUCUCUCCUAUUGCUCCUGCUCCAGGUUUUACACCUUCUGCAGCAAAAAUCACUCCACCGAUUGACUCGUCAAGAAUAAGAAGCCACAUUUGCAACUAUCCAGGAUGUGGAAAGACUUAUUUCAAGAGCUCUCAUUUGAAGGCCCAUGUGAGAACACACACAGGAGAAAAGCCUUUUAGCUGUAGUUGGAAAGGCUGUGACAGGAGAUUUGCACGAUCUGACGAACUGUCUCGGCAUCGCAGAACGCAUACCGGUGAGAAGAAGUUUGCUUGCCCAAUGUGUGAUCGGCGGUUCAUGAGGAGUGACCAUUUAACAAAGCAUGCACGGCGGCAUUUGUCAGCUAAGAAGCUACCAAACUGGCAAAUGGAAGUGAGCAAGCUAAAUGACAUUGUUGUGCCACCUGCAUCUACACCUGCGCAGUGAAAACUCCUGAAAAGUUACUGGAACUAACUGUUGUCACUGUGGUAUACCACCAGUGAUGUAUAAAAGCUCCUACUCCAGGUCUGUAGUUCUUCAGUGCCAGCUGUUGAUGGCACUACAGCAGAGAGGCAAAGGCAGUCAGUGCUUGGUCACAGGAAAUGCUACUGAGAGAACCAGCAGCUAACAAUGGAGUGUCAGGUUCUUUUCAACUUGGUGAAAAGAGAAAGAGGUUGAAGGUUUCAGAGCAGAGCAGCACAGGUAGCAAAAGGUUUUGAAUUUAUGCAGAUUACUUGUAUGUAUUAUAGAGUGAUCAGAUACAAGUCAUGCAGAGCUGUUGGCUGAUGUUAAUGCUUGAAACCAACUGAAAUUACAGCUUUCAAAGAUGUAAUGAGUUUUCAGUAGAGCACAGACUAGAGAGAAAUAUCAAUGUAUGGUACAGACUUGUAUAUCAGAAAUGCAUCUGUACGAGAGAUGGGCAUUGAGGCUCAGCACCUUGAUACAGUAUUUAAUGUAUCAAGUAUAUCAGUCAUGCCAGUUUUACAUUACUGUCCAAAUAUGGAAUAGAUUGAGUGCUGCCAUGUGGCUAGAGAGAGCCAAAAGUACCUAAAUCCCCAUUAAUUUAUUAUAAUAUAGAACGCUAAUACUAUUUUUGCUAUUCCUCUUGAAAGCUCAUGAUUAUUACAAUUGGUUAUAUUUAGGCAUCCUAUGAUGCUUCUGCUUCAAGUUGUUUGUUUUCCUUUGUACCUUUCAAAAUUCCAUACCACUGCAUUUUUCAUAAACACUGAGACAGUAUGUUUUUUUGUUGUUUUGUUUUGGUUUUUUAUAUAACUAUAAGAAUAAUAAAUUACGUGGGUUUACUAAGAAGGCAAGAACAAGUAUGUUAUGCUAGGCUCCUUGAUGUGGAGGUGACUUUUGAAAAUGAUUUCUAUUAGAGAUAAAUGGUCUUUAUGUAAUAAGGAUAUAAUCUAUACUGUAUUAAAUUAGAACGUUAGGAAUUAUUUGUAAAAUAAACAUAAGGCAGUAAAGACACCAGCCUUGAAUGAAUACUGUAGAUUUUGUGACAAAUAAUGCAUCAACUUUCACUAACCAUAUUUCUGUUGUAUCUUACUAUGUUGAAUACACAAAUAUAGACAACUAAACAGUUGGAUAAUAGUGUGCUAGAUAAUCUUUUAUGACUACUUUAAAAUUUUGCACAAUACUUCUUAUGUCGUACUUUAUACCUUGUUUACAAUAAAGAACAAUUUUAAUACA